AUGAUAACUUCUGAUACCAAGCCUUCUGUCACCCUGGUGCAAGGCCAUGUGGUGGGGACCCAGCUUAACGACUCUUUUCCCCAACCUGUCGACGCAUUCUUGGGAGUCCCGUAUGCCCUUCCUCCUGUGGCGGAUCGACGUUUCAGACCAGCAGCGAAGGUUGCGAGCUCAACGAAUACCAUCGAUGCCUCCAAAUAUGGUCCCGCAGCUCCUGGGAAGGCACUUCUCUCGGGAGGACCGAAACUCGUGCAGAGUGAGGACUGCUUGACGGCGAAUAUCUUUCGACCGGCUGGCACCAAUCAGGCAGACAAGGUCCCUGUCGCGGUUUAUCUACACGGUGGUGCUUUCAAUCGGGGGUCGGCAGCUAUGCACAAUACUGCAUCCAUGGUAGCGUGGUCAGAACGUCCGUUCGUUGCCGUGAGCUUCGGUUAUCGCAUUGGAGCUCUUGGAUUCUUACCUUCGAGUCUGUCGCAGAAGGAGGGGGUGCUAAAUCUCGGAUUGCGUGAUCAGGUGCAUUUGUUGGAGUGGGUCCAAGAGAACAUCGCCAACUUUGGCGGUGAUCCUGCCAAUGUCACUUUGUUUGGUCUUUCUGCGGGGGCACAUUCAAUUGGCCACCACCUCCUCAAUUACGACGAGCACAAAUCGCCGUUAUUCCAUCGUGUGAUUAUCGAGUCUGGAGCACCUACUUCGCGCGCUGUUCGCCCAUAUAAUGCCAAGGUUCAUGAGGACCAAUUUGCAGACUUCCUCCACGAAGUCGGUUGCCCAGCCGAUCUAGCUGAAGCAGAAAUCUUCCCAUUCCUACGUUCGCUCCCCAGUUUGACUGUUACAAAUGCCCAAACGGCUGUUUUUGACAAGUACAACCCUUCCCUUCGGUGGGCAUUCCAGCCCGUGAUUGACGGAGAUAUUAUUUCUCGCAAGCCCCUCGAGGCAUGGAAAUCACAAGUCUGGAAUAAAGUACCCAUUAUGACCGGGUUCAACAGCAAUGAGGGAACAAUGUACGUCGACAAGAAAAUGUCGGACGCCUCCCAGUUUCGCGAGUUCUGGCACAGUCUUCUGCCCGAACUCUCGUCGUCAGAUCUCGACACAAUCGAAAGUCUGUAUCCUAACCCCGCCGUUGAUUCCACAUCGCCCUAUGUAGAGAACAGACAGGGCGAGGGUCUCGGACCUCAAUUUAAGCGCAUUGAAGCUGCCUACGGACACUAUGCGUAUGUGGCACCAGUCCGCCAGACAGCACAAUUUGCGUCAUCCCAAGGUGCGCCAGUUUACCUUUACCGCUGGGCGCUACCUCGAACAAUCGUUGGUCGAGCAAACCAUGCCGAUAAUAUGUACUACGAGACCUAUAACAGUGCCAUUACGGGAAUUUCAGAAUCGCAGAAAGAGCUGUCUGGCACACUUCAUGCCUACUUGACUAGUUUCAUCACGACUGGUGAUCCUAAUGCCGUGACUGGUCGAUAUGUCCUCCCAGAGUGGAAGCCCUUCCAGUCAGCAGAUAAGAAGAUUAUGAUCUUUGGAGAGGGGAAUGACGAACUGAUCGGAGGGGAUGUAGCCUCUCCUGCGAAAUGCGUUGCGGAUGAUUGGGCAAGAAAAGAGACAGAAUUUUGGUGGUCAAAGGUUCCGAUUUCCCAGCUUGCUUGA